GCAAUAUCCAGCAAUAUGAAAUGGUUAAUAUGUAUACUAUUUAACUUUAGCAUGUUAUAAAAAAUGGUAAAAUAUGCAUUGGUUUCAGCAUGAGUGAACAAAUUUUAUAUGAUUUGAUUGUAAAUGAAGAGUGGGUGAAGGAGCCACAAAUUUUGAAUGAAGUUGAAAAUUAUUUCUGGCAGCACCGCGGCUCUUUGUUUACAAAACUGUGGAAAGUUACACAAGGAUCAGCAUCAUACCUGUUUCAAGUGUUAAAAACACAAUUAAGGUAUCAAACAAGUUUUGGCUGCCCACCUCACCAUUUUAUUAAUCUAAUAAACAACAGUUUACCAUGGACCAUUUCUUUAUCAAGAAACGGUAGAUUUGUUGCAGUGCUUUUGGAUGAUAACAUUGAGAUAAGAACGGCUUCAGAUAACUUUUCUACUAUAGUUGCAAAUUGUAAAGUUGCACAGGAUGUUUUACCACAAUGGAGAAAACUUGCAUGGAAUGAUGACAACUCCUUCCUCGCUUAUUCAAACAGUUUUGGUGAUGUCACCUUAUUUGAUAUAACUGGUACACAGACUUGCCUCAUAUCACAAGUGAAAACAGGAAGUUUAAAUGUGCGUGGAAAAUUAAGUCAAGCUGUUGCAUUCUUACACUUUACCCCUGCAGAUGAUUCAUCUUGGAAAAGUAUAUUAUAUAUUGGAACAUAUCAAGGCUACUUGAAGUGCCAUUACAUUCAUGAAGACGGUACAUCGAAAGAAAAAUGCUCAUUCUCUUUCACUACAAUUCAUCCGUAUGGUGUAUCGUCCAUUGUUUUUGACUGGAAAAAUAAUUUGCUUAUUGUUGCUGGAAAUUAUGGCAAGGAGCCUUUUCAGUCUUCAGAAGAACAAUGUUAUGCUUCUCAUUGUGCAAUCAGUGUUUGGAGGUUAUUGACAGACUUUCCAUACUUUAAACUUGUUGAAGACCGGAGCAAGGCCCUUAAAAAACUGUCAGGAAAGGAAUAUUUAAAAAAGUUUGUCAACAUACAUAGAAGACAGGAUAAUGAGUUGCUGAUGUGCAGUGUUUUCAAAAUUGCACUAUCACCGGAUGCAACCAGGUUAGUAUCACUUCAUAUUGAUGGUCGAAUCUCUGUUUGGCACAUACCAUCUGCGAAACUUGAGCAAACAUGGCACAAGUCUGAACAGCCUGAAAGGGAUACAGAAUCGAGUGGUUUCGAAUCUAAAGCAAAGAAUGACUUUCUUACAAAUGUGAUUGAUGUAAACUGGUGGUCUGAAAAGGAGUUAAUAUUAGCAUCAGGAAAUGGAGAUGUAACAAUAUCUUCAAUUGAAGAUUUAAGGAAUCUACUUGGCGAUAGUCCAGAAAAGUUUGACAACUGGCCAAUGUUAAGUCAAGCUGUUGAUGGUUGUGUUUUAGUUUUGGAGUGUGAACGAAUUAUUAGUGAGCAGGGUGAAAAAAAUAAGGCUCCAGAGACAACCAAAUGGUUGAGCGAACAUGACGAGGAGGAAGAUUAUUCGUUCAGAUCGAAAAUAAAAGAAUUGAUAAAACAGACAUUGUAUUUUCUAACAGAAGCAAAUAGAUUUGCUCCAGCAAUAAAAGCACCAAGAAUUCUUUCUGAUACAUAUCGAUUAGUUUGUUUAAAACGUACAACACCUGAAGGAUUGUACAUUAGAAAGAUUGAACUUGAACAUUACGGUGAAGCAUUAGACCUUGCACAAAGGUUUAACCUUGACACUGAUUUGGUGUAUCAAAAACAAUGGCGAAAGAAACCUGUUACAAAGAUAAGCAUUCAUGAUUACUUGACAAAGGUUAAAGACCGGUAUUGGGUAUUAGAUGAAUGUUUACUUCGUAUACCCGAUGAUUUUGAUGCCAUGGAAGAGUUGUUAAAGUAUGGUUUGCUUGGCACGAGUUGGGAAGUGUUUCAAGUGAUCGACAAAACUGAUAAAAAUCUCAAAUUUGUUGUGGAAAAAAAAUCGAAUGAAGGCUUGGAGGAAGAAAAGGAAGAUAUUAUUUUUACUGGGGCUUUAUCACCACAGCAACUUAAAUUGUGUGGGUAUCGAUGGCAGUUGUUACAGUUUUUGGAUCGCCUAUCAACAUACGAGGUGAUUCUUGGUGGUUCAUUUAAAGCUAGAGAUAAAUUCUCAGCAAAGUACUUUUCAAAAUUCCGCUCCUGUAAUAUUGUACACCAAGCUAUAGAAUACGCAAGAGAUGAAGAUUCCAUUGCAUUAGAACAUUUAUUUUCGUAUCAUGGAAAGGAUGUGUUGCCCCAUUGGUUGCCCCUGCUUUCAAACUUUCCGGAAACAACAAAUUUAAGGGACUUUGAGCCCGUUAUUCCAGAAAUAGGUGAAACUUCAGAAGAUCCAGAAAUUCUACCAUGGCUGGAGAAAAACCAUCGUGAUGAAGACUGGGUUGAACAAGAAUCAAUAAUGAAGCAAAUACAAAACGAUUUGAGUCAAGAACAAAAUUUAGGAGAAUUUAUUUAUGAAGCGCAACCUGAAUUAAUGGAGUUUAAAAACUGUGAGAAGAAAAAUGUGUUAGAACGAUGGUUUAAAACAAGAAUAAAUGAAAUCGACGUUAAGUCACAACAAAUUGAUAAAUGUCUGGAACUUGCGAAACUUGGUUUAAAGCGAGGUCUAAGUGGAUUGAAAGAAUUACGGGAUAAUUUAGAAAUAAUGUAUACCCUUGUGUACGAUGUUGUUAUAAACAAAAGUAUCCAUGUGACAGACUUUUUUGAGAUGGAUGAUCUCUCGAAGAUGAAAUUGUUAAUGUCGAAGACAACAGAGACAACGUUUAUUGCAGAUUUCAAGACAUACCUAAGGCCUUACUUGGCUAGUGUUAGCAGAAAGUCAUAUAAAAAGAAACAAGAAUUAUUGCAUCGAUUCAUGACUGAUAUUGCUAAGUCUGAUUUGUCAUGCUGCUUAAAACUAUUUCAGCAAUGUUCUCCAGAGAUUGCUGAGCCGUUAAUUCCGGAUGUUGCGGAGCAAAUAAAGUUAGCAAUAGAUUGCAUUUAUGCAUGUAUGCGUGAUGAUCAAUUGAACAUGGCGUUUGAUAUCGUUGAAUGCUUACCAUCUCGCGAGGAAGGAAUUAUUUCAUCCCAGAUUGAAGAGUUGCACACUCAAUUAGAUCAAUUAGAACUGAUCCUCAGUGGUGUUGAAAUUUUGGAAUAUUAUAGUCAUCCAAAAACUAUAUCCUAUGUUAAUGAAACUAAAUCAAAUGCAGUCACCGCUAAAGAACUCCUUCAAAUUUUGAUUAAAAACACAACAAAUAAAAAAACGUCAGCAAAACCUGCUGAUUGGAAUACGCUGCUUAAACAUUCAAUUAAACUAGUCCAGGAUGUUUACACUUGCGUAGAUGUCAAAACAUGCCACCAGAUCUUUGUUGAAGGCCUUCUUCAAUCAGAAGUAAAACAAACAAUCAACCUUGCAAAGGAACUGCUGAGUCCUAUGAAACAGGGUGGGCCUCAUCACUCAAGUGAAGCACAUUUAAAGUCAGCAUUAUGUAUUCUACCUUACGAUGUUUCCGUUAAAGUGGUUGUUAACGCUUCCCAGUUAUAUUUUAAUGCUGCGUCUUCUCUUAAUGAUGCAUUGAUGGAUCUUGCAAGGUUGUGUUUAUCAUUUAUCACACAGAAACCAGACAUUAUUCAAGAUGAACUCAACCUUAUCAACUGUUUGCAGCUGCUGUAUGAUUUUAAUGUAACCAUGUUACCGCUGCAUGUUCGUGUUUGUCCUGACAAACUGGAGCUUAUUGAACUUUGCCUAAAGGAAAAAAGUUCGAAUUAUAAAAAGAUUGAGAAACUUUUAAAGAUCGGAGAUUUGUUAAAAAUUUGUGGGGAAGACACCAAAGAACGGUAUGGAAAAAUUAGAAUUAAAAUUGCAGUGGAAGCAUUUGAGAACCAAGAUUACUUAUUUACUUCUGCUCUUUGUCAUCGAUUGACUGACGAUGGUUAUGAACCUGCUUGGGAAAUUUGUCGUAAACUUGGCCAGUGUAAUGAUUACAUGAAUUACACAUCAAGACAAAAGCUUUUAAGCUUCGUGUUGACCUACUGUCCCAUCUAUCACAUUGAAGAUAUUUUAAAUGAAAAGACAUUGCUGGAAACACAGAUAUUAUAUGAGAAACUAAGUGAACAUAUUAAAGAUGAGGAACAAGACUCAGAAGAUAUUGUUGAUGGGAAUCAAUCUUCAAUUAUAAAAAAGACAAGGACACAAACAAAGAAACUAAUAUCUGGUGUAACAGACACGAAGUGGGUAAGUGAUGCAAUGAAAUGGGUUCAAACCAGCAAGAACGUAUCACAUAGUACCGUGCAAGAUGAUACGUUCAGUACAGUUGAAUAUCCUCCAUUUUACCAAUCAUUAGCUAAAAGGAAAUUGGAUAACAAAGUCAAGAUGGGUCUUCAAGAAUAUUUUGAUUGCUUAGCUGGCUUGGAAAGUGAAGUCAAAGUCACAAAUAGUCUCCUUUUGAGGAGUCAAAAAUUAUCUGAGCGCAGAGCUGAAGGAGAAGUUAUUGAGGAAACUGAUGAAGCACUUGUCAAUCUAGCUGCUGGUGAGUUUAAACAAGACAGUCUGUUGAGUAUUGCAUAUAUGAUGGCAUUAUCUUCGCCCAACUUGGUAGCAGAAGUGUUCAACAAACAGCGAAGAACAAAAUUCAACUUCAUCUUUGCAGCCUAUUACCACGCUCUACAACUCUACACUAAUGACAAUUCGCUGGCUUCAAAAUCCAUAGCUGAUGUGUAUUCUACUGAACCAAAACAAAUCUUAACUUACAUGUUAAAGAGGUUUGGUAACGAAGAUGAAUUAGCUAAACACGAGUCAGGGAGAUGUUUAAUCACCAAUUUGACAAAUUUGUCGGAUCUGUUACAGGCUCAUAUGUUACAAGAUUUAGAUAAAGGAGUUGAUAUUGAACGUUUUGCAGUUGAUAAUGAAUACAAGAAAGAAACAAUCCUUGGCCUUGCUAUGAGUACCGAAGAGACACUGAUGGAUACUUGCAUUCUAUUGGCUGAUAAAUAUGAUGUGGAAUUAUGGGAAGUUAUGUUGUCACAUGUUGAAUUUUUAUUUACAGACAGUGGUUUGAAAGCAAAGGCUAUCCGUGACGACCUUAAUAAAUGGAACAUCGAAAACACGUUGAAAGGGAAAGCUGACAAAGUGUUUGAUCGACUGAAGAAGUAUGUUUAUCCUGAACUAGAUGGCAAUGAUCACAACAUUCUGUUGCUGUUUUACGUUUUUCUGUUGAAUUGCACUUCUCCAACGAGAGUACUCGAGGGAAAACUGAAUCUGGAUGCACAUGUUAAGCUUCUUAAGAAAAUAAAAGCGGCAGCUCCGUCUCUGGAUUACAAAGCAUUGAUUCAUGGUAAUGCACCAUUAGAGGUCAUUAAAACCUCAGUGAAGGAGAACAAUGUGCACCUACUUGCAAAGAUUGCAUCGAAGAUACCUCAGAGCGACGGCAGUUUCUUGACAGCUAACAAAGUAUUCCUCGCCUACAUGAAAAACGCAUUCUGGCAACCUGAUAAAAACACAGAGAAGCUCGACUGGUUGCAUCAUUUUGAAUCCUGCCAAAAGUUUCUCCCUAAAAUCAACACCAUGGAUGUAGUUGAGUUCUUUGACCAUAUCAUCUUCUCAGAAAACGCUUUUGACUUGCUUACCCAUGACGUUCGAAUAGAGAUUACUAACAGACUUUUGAAGUACAUGAGACAACAAAAAGGUGCCGAUGAAGAAAAAUUGAAAGGCCAAGAUAAUAGGGAUGAAGUUUUAGGAGAGUACGAUGCAGUAUUAACACAUUUACAAGAAGGUUUGAAACAUUUGAACACCUUACAAAGUGAUGUAUUUUGGAAAUUAAUGAAUUCAGAAAAGGAGACACGGAAGACUUUUGCUAAAAAUUACGAUUUGUCAAAAGGCGACGGCCGUGAAAUUCAAGAUUUAUGUUCUCGCAUGUUUCAACAAUUCGAAUCACCCGAACUGAUUGCUUCUGUACUGUCUUUAAAUGGUCAAGCCCAACAAAUUGGUACUGUUCUGCAAAAUACACUGCAAGUGAUGUUAGGUGAACUGCAGAAAACAAGUGACAGCUCAAACUUCAAAGAACUCGUCAAAACAAUCAAAACCUACAACAAAGAUAGUGGCACAGAAGUGGGUGUUGUCGACUUCUUAGAAGUGGUUCGACCAUUUUGUUCGGAUGUAAACGUGAGCACGGAAUUAAAAUCUACCGUAUUGCACCUACUUGAAGAAGCGUUUCAGUUGAGUGGAGAGGAUGUUUUCUUAUUGUUGUAUUUCCAGUCAGAAGCGAUCAUAUCCUCGAAAUGGGCAAUUAAGAUCCGCGAGGAAGACAUUGAUACGGACACAAAAAGGUAUGAAAUGUUCUGUAAAUUACACAGUGAAACUACGUCAUCAGAACAAGCGUAUGGACUGGAGCAACUUCUGGCAUCAUGGCCGACACUAUCAGUCACCAAAAACAGUGACGAAAGUCCCGAGAAAAAACCUUGGAUGAAGUUGCUGCUAAAGCUGAUUAAGCUUCAAGAAUACAGUUCAGUGAUUGACGUCCUGCACAAAUCAAACCUGCAAAGCAGGUUAACUAAGCAGGACUAUCAACACAUUUACACAAAGUUGAAGCACGAGAAUUUUCUACUUGCGCUAAAAGUGAUGUUGUCAAGUUCGUACGAUUUUUGUUAUGAUGAGACUUUUGAUGAUAUCAGCAUGUUAAAGGUUGAUGAUUUCGAUACUGAAUUGCUUGAACUUUUGCUGGAAUCGAAAACAUUCCAUCGAACAUCUAAUUCUCACAUAUUCGAGACAGCGAUGCAGAAGGUCGUAUCGAUCGAUAAUCCUGUAAUAGUCGAAACAGUCGUAACACAACUAUCAGAAGCUGGUUUGGAAGCCGAAGCUGGAAGUUUAAUGUUACGUUUCAAUCAAACACACGCUUCUUUAUACACUCUUCAAAAUGCUUUAGAAUUUAUAAAAACAAAAUUUAGUCGAUAAUAUUAUGGAAA